CUCGUAGUCUCUAGUCUGUCUCUCGGCGCGGUCUGCGAACUACCCCGACCACCGAGUGGCGCCGCCGCCUCUUGCUGUCUUGCAAACCGAGCUCCUCUUUCCCCAUGACAAGGCGCCGGCCUUGCCUCUAGCGAGCUUGGCAAGUGGGUUAGGGACAGCCAGCGAACUGUAUGGGAGUCGAAGCGAGCCCAGAACCGGAAGAGAGUCUUGUGGCGAGGGGGAGGAGGAAUGGCCCGGGCCCGGGCGCAGCUGUCUACGCGGCUGAUGAAUGUCUGCCUGGCGGCGCUCUGCCGCAGCGGCAGCCUGGAGCGCGCGGAGUCCGUCCUCAUCGACGCCAUCCUCCUCGGCAUGCCCCCCGACGUAGUCACCUACAACACCCUCCUCGCCGCGCACUGCCGCGCCGCGGGCCUCGACGCCGGAUUCGCCGUCCUGCGUCGGAUGCGGGAGGCAGGUGUGUGGCCCAACGCCGUCACCUACAACUCCCUCAUCGUUGCUGCCUCGCGCGUCGGGCUCACGAUGCGCGCACUCGACCUGUUCGACGAAAUGCUUCGGGCGGGGAUCGCCCCCGACGCCUGGAGCUACAACGUGCUAAUGCACUGCCUGUUCCGGUCUGGCCACCCGGAGGACGCCUACCGGGUGUUUGCCGAUAUGGCCGAGAAAGGUGUCACGCCGUGCACCACCACAUACAACACACUGCUCGACGGGCUAUUCAAGGCCGGUCAUGCAACAAAUGCCUACAGGAUGUUCAGGUACCUGCAGAGGGUGGGGCUCCCGGUGGGCAUUGUGACUUACAACACGAUGAUCAACGGACUGUGCAGGUCUGGCAAGGUUGGUUACGCCCGCAUGAUCCUCAGGGAGCUUGGGAGGACCGAGCAUACCCCGAACGCAGUCACUUACACGACGGUUAUGAAGUGCUGCUUUAGGUAUGGAAGGUUUGAUCAGGGUCUGGAGACCUUUUUGUCGUUGCUGGAGGGAGGGCACAUUCCAGACGUCUUCCCGUACUGCACUGUGAUCAGUGCAUUGGUCAAGAAGGGCCGGGUGGAAGAAGCCAAUGCAUAUAGUGAGCUAAUGAUACAAAGUGGAUCCAGGCUUGACACUGCAUGCUACAAUACGCUGAUUCACCUGCGGUGCCAGGAAGGCAAGCUGGACGACGCGUUCGAACUGCUGAGUAUGAUGGAAGAAGGAGGCCUAGAGAGUGAUGAGUACACGUUCUCAAUUUUGGUCAAUGGUUUGUGCAAGCUGGGACAUAUUGAGGCUGCAGAAAAGCAGUUGUGCUACAUGGAGAUGAGGGACAUGGAAUCGAAUGUAGUAGCAUACAAUUGCUUGGUCGACGCGCUCUGCAAAUCUGACCAGGUGGAUGCAGCCAUCAGAUUACUGCACGACAUGAAACUAAAAGAUGAUUUUACUUACACAUCACUGGUCCAUGGUCUGUGCAGAGUGGGUAGAUACCAUAUGGCAUCCAAAUUCUUGCGGAUCUGCUUGCGUGAAGGGAACAAUGUUCUUGCAUCCGCAAAGCGUGCUGUCAUUGCGGGCCUUCGUAGCGCAGGGUUUAAAAAUGAUGUGAGGAAAGUCCGAUCAGCAUUAUAUAUGGCUAGGCUGUUAAAAUCAUAAUCCAAGGAAAAUGGUCAUGUAAUUUGAGUGGGUAAUCCUGCAGCAUGUAGAAGAUCGAUCGAGCAGAAAACUGACUACCAGUGUGGAGAUGAUCCUGCUCCGAGAUGAAUGUGAAACAUUCGAUCAGUGUGUCAUACCUUGGAGGAAAGACAGUAGGGUCAUGUUAUUUCUAGAGAGGUAUCGACACUCUUAUACACACCACUUCGUCUUGGAGACACCAUAGACUGGUGAUGUUGCAGUAUGCAAUCAGCUUUGUCACCCUCAGAGCCAAGGGUUGAUUAAAUUAAACAGCAUGAGCAGAUGCAACACAUGACCACUAGCUGGCAAAUGGUCAUGAUGCAGGCUCAGUAAGUGCAGGAAGAGAUUUCUGCCUGGUUCACACCUCACCUUCGAUCAUGAUGUUUUCAGGGGAAUGUAAUUUUGGGUUGCUGGAAUGAACUCUAAGUGAUUAUUAGCAUUCCAAAUUUUCAAUGGAAGGUGGUUGGUGUGAUUGAUCUGAUCAGGAGACUGUUGCACCAGACACUAUGGGCACACUACAGUAUAAGAGAAAGGCAGGAGUAUACUGGGCCAACUGGCACUUUCUAAGAACCAUGCUUUGUAGAGCAAUAAACAGAGGCAUGAAUUGUAGUGGGACCAGUGGCUGCCCUUAAAUCGUUUCUUGGUUCCUCACUGAUCUCAGUGGAUUUAGGAAAUAUAUUGCUAAAAAGCAAUUACCUUCUCAAUGAAAGAUGGUUUAGUCACUACUGUUGUUUGAUCAAGCCUAGCAUCUUGCUGAAAAUAAAACAGAUCGGCUUAAAUUAAAAUCAGCUAAAGGAUGGUGCAAACUGCUAAGCAGCUGAAGGAAUUUACCAAAUUGGUGUGGCAGCGCAGUAUUGUCUGAAAAAUAAAAGAGGCACUAAUGGACAGAAGUGGACAUUUGUGAAAGCUAUAGCUUUUAUCCAGAUCAGCUAUUUGUAUCCACCACACUGUCGUAUAAAUCAUUUAUACGAAUUAAUAAUCAUGUGAAGGUGGCAUUGAGUAUCAGGUGUAUACACCAAGUCUGAAGUUUGUUCAGAGAAGAAUAAGUUGGCUCACUGGUUGAAAAGCUGUUUCCAGCUAUUUUUUCCACUGCCCCGAGCAGUAGAGUUCUGGGACAGAGAAAAGAGCUAUAGGAGCACUAGCCUGUGAACUCGCUACUGUGCAUUUAAUUGGAUAUACAUAUAACCUACUACUUUGGAUGUGGUGGAAAUUUACAGACCUUGUGUUCUUUGGGGUACUAGAAGUGGUUUAAAGACAAUUAAAGCUGGUGCAUUUCAAGAUCAUAUUCUAAAUGAGACGAGAUGCAAAUUUGCAGUUAUAGCAUAUCAAGGAUCUUCGCGAGGUUCAAACCUCAAGAAUAUCAUCAUGUGGCUGAAAUGGGCAAUUUCUGAACACUUUUGAUGGUAUGGAUACUCCUUAAGCUGAUAACCCAGAGGUUCCUCUGGAUAUUGUCAAAUAUCAUAUGCAUAAGACUUUAUUCAACACCGAUUCCUUUGCCUCUACAUCAAAUAGGAUACAAGAUGUGCAGGUCUGUUAAUAAAGUGAUUCAGGCUGGAGGGUUAUGUUUUGCAAUUUCGCAGAAUUCUGUGGGUGAUCUUGCUACUGAUUGGAAUGAUCUUCUGUCAAUAUGCAACACCACUGAGUUGAAGAAUUUUUUUUUUCUUGUGGCUUGUUUGUGAGGAUGCUAGCUAAAGAUUAUUCCACUGAAAGUGGGAUGGUUUGGUGAUCCCCACCCCAUGAGAGAUCUGGAGGAAAUGUCACCCAAAAGUUAAAGUUCCUACCAGACCUGUUCUGGACAGUCUUGGACACCAGAAACAUUGCUUGCUUUGGAAAUAUACCACGGAGUGAUCCUACUGGGGUUAUUCAUCAAACUUGUUAUUGGCUUGACUUCUGAGGUGCUUUACAGAAACCUGGGGUUCGAAAGGCGCUGCAGCAGCAAUGAUGGUUGAAGAAGGUGGCGUUACGCAGGGAUGUGCUCCUACAGGCAGAAGGAUAGCCAGCUGACGAAAUCUAUCCGGGGGAAUCUUCACUUGGCAGCAGAUGAUCCUAGUCUCUGUUACAUUUGGUUGUAACUAGCGGCAGAUUGCGCGGCUAGAUGGCAGAUUGCGAGGCUAGAUUGCUAUUAUGAAAAUGAAAUUUUUAUAGACGUAUAUUUUUUAUUUUCUAGUAGUUUUAUUUUGUACGCAAUUUAAAUGAAUUGUAUUUAAAUUAGUUCGAUAAA